AUGAGAGGAUAUUAUUCUGAUAUAUUAACAUCAAAUAGUGGUGAAUGUUCAAAAUUUGAAGAAAAUAUUGUACCAAUUGUUGAAAAUGCUUUCAAUGAAUCUAAAGAUUCAUCUAAUAUUCCAAGUGGUACUAAAUUUAAGUGCUGGUUAAUAAUAUAUUCGCAGAGUUUUCCCGAAUCAUCAUACGAUCCGAAAGUCUUUGUUCCUUUCUAUGUUCCACCUGGUCAUUGCCCUAGAAAAGUUGCCAUUGAUAGAAAACGACGAGAAUUUGAGCGCUACAGUAUCGAAACAUUACUACUAGAUAAGCAUAAUAUAAGUACAACAGAUCUAAUUCCGAAGCCGAAUGAGGAUUAUCGAGAUUCCUCUAAAGCUUGGGAGCAUUACCUUUUCCUUGAAGAUUUUGAUAAUGAAGAUUAUGAUUAUCGUACGCCGUCUGAAUGGCUUUCAUUGGGACAAGAUGGGAAUGUUAGAAAACCUGUCCCCGCUCUUGCCCUUUUACCUAUUAGUGAUGAUAAUCAUGAUGAUGACAUACGAAGCAGAGGUGUGAAGUGGUAUUGGCAGAGAUGCGGAGUUUUGGAUUAUGAUAUGAAAACUCGACGUUGGUUUGUUCAAAAGACUGAUUCUAGCGACCGCAUUCUUGACAAAGAAGGUCAUCCUGUUGUUAAUGGUGGUAUGGAUUCGCAUGGAUACUACUGCCAUCUGGAUUCGCAGUAUUGGAUACCUCGGAUUCAGCUCAUGUUCCUUGCUGAAGAUCCCGUGAUUUUCGCGGAAAGAGUUGCCAGUGCCUAUAAGGCUCGGAAUGAGGCUGAAUCGACGAUCAUAUACAAUCUUUAUCUCGAUUGUAUGCCUACAAGUGGUAUUGCCAAGCUGGACCAAGGCGUCCUUGAUGAGAUUACUGAAUUGGUUCUUAAUGGUUCACCUCAACUUAAAAACGAUAAAGGGCUAGACAAAGUUAUACAGCUUUUACAGAGGGAAAUAACGACAGAUCACUGGAGAAGUAUGAAUGAUAUAAUAAUGCGAAAGAUAUGCGCCAAAAAUUUACCCGAAUACGCUUUCAUAAAGCCACCAAAUAUACCCAAACAGAAAGCCCGUUGGAAGGGAACUGUGGAAAUACCCCAAUUUGAUUUCAAAGCGACUAAAGAGAAAUUCACGUUCAAUACAAUGUUUACACGACCCGAAGUUAUUACAGCAAGCGCUCUAGCUCAACUAGAAUGUCUUAGUGCUAAGGAAAAGUACCUCCUCAACUUUCCUAUCAUUAAAGCAGUGAGAAUCGAAGAAUUCGAGCAGCUUCAGACGCAGACUUGUCAGCAGACAUCCUCAUAUUUAAAAACCACUUGGAUUGAAAACAUCUCCCGGCAAAUUCGAUUAAAUUUGCGAGAGAGCGGAAAAGGCUGGUUCAACAUAUAUGAAACCGACUACUAUGUGUACUCCAAGUCCAAGCUGAAGAAAUUUCUUGAUAGUAUUCGAUUCUGUAUGCAAGAUGCUCUCAGGUAUAAUGUCUUUGGCUCCCUCAACGGUUUCGUGAAUAUGAUCGAAGAUACCUGUGUCGACUGUCUCGAUCUGCCUAAAGACUAUGAAUGGCUUGAUGACCUGCAUAGCAGUCGAAUUUUGCCGAAACACAACCCCAUCUUCCUUGUGGAUUUGAUUAUUGAUUCUGAUGGUGUCCAUUACAAUAUAAACUUAGAGGACUUUGAAAAGUGUUGUAUACAGGUCUUUGACAAAGCUAUAAACUCUGUGCAGAAUAUAUCGCAAAUAGAGCGGUUUGUUGUUGAGGGGAUGAGCUGGUCUGAAGAUCCUUUGAUUGAAGCGGUGGGUAUCCGUGAACCAGAAGUUGAAAUUUUGCGAAAGAAGCUCCGAAGCAUACUACAAUCAGCAUAUAUUCCCAUGAAUGCCUAUUCGAAUCAGUACAAAUCGUAUAUUGAAUUAUCGAAUUUGGAAAUAACCUCAUAUGUUUCUGAUUUCCAACGAGUUUAUGAAUCCCAAAGCCUAAGUGCUUACGACUUGAAGAUUGAAGCUACUAAACAAUUCGAGGAAUCGAGAGUCAUCGAAACCGUUAUGCCGACGACGAUUACCAUUGGCCCAUUCCUCGUUAAUGUGGAGACAUUACGUGGCCGCCUGAUGAAAAAACGGAUAGAUAUGGCGAAAGCGAUUCUAGACCUACUCGCAAGUCAACUUAGAAAGCAUUCAGACAACAUUUGUGAUGUUUUCGAGGGAAUAGCUCGUAAACUCUACGAGAAACCCAACACAAUAGAGGAGCUAACGUCAAUGCAUGAAUAUAUCAGUAACAUUCCUGACUUGCUUGAAGAGCAACAGGAAUGCAUUGAGAAAGUACUGAACCAGUACGAUUUCAUCGAUGAAUUUUGCUAUAACCUCAAUGACGAUGACUUUACCGUUAAAUGGACUGCUCUUGCUUGGCCAAAUAAAAUAGGAAAACUCGUGGAAGAGAUUGAGAAAAGCUUGGAAGAAGACGAGGAACGAUUCCGGAAACUUCAGAUCUCUGAUCUGGCUGCAUUCUCUGAUAAGAUUGAUAGCCUAACGAUGAUGGUAUCUUCCACGGCUGCUUACACCGAUAUCGGAAAAGCUCAUGAAAUUGCAAACGAAGUUAGAAGACUCCAUAAACAACUGCUUGAAGCCCAACAGACUGCUCUAUUGUUUAAUAGUCGUGAAAGACUGUUUGAUAUGCCCAUUACGAACUUUGAUAGAAUCACCACCCUAUUGAAAGACUUCGAGCCUUUCCGAGUUAUGUGGAUUGCUGUUUCAGACUGGCUCAAGACCCAGGAUGCUGUUAUGACUGAUCCGCUCUCAUCUCUCGAUCCUGUGGCUAUUGAGAAACAGGUCACAGAAGGUUACAAGGUCAUGCACAAAUCAAUCCGAGUGUUCAGCGAGUUGCCAGGUGUUCAAGAAGUUGCUAAUCAAAUCAAAAUGGCCAUUGAAGAGUUCAAACCCUUCGUCCCACUUAUUCAAGCUCUACGAAGUCCUGGCAUGACGAGCAGAAUGUGGGAGAUGAUUAGCGACCGGACAGGAAUUCUAGUUGUUCCGAAAGCGUCACUCACUUUUGCCAAAUGUCUUGAAAUGCACCUCCAGGAUCAUAUCGAUGUAAUAACCGAGGUUGCAGAUAUUGCUGGAAAGGAAUAUUCUCUUGAAUCUGCUUUGAAUAAGAUGAUGCAUGAUUGGGAAAGCAUCAACUUUGAAGUCCAACCAUAUAAACAGACGGGUACAUACAUCCUCAAAGUAGCGGAAGAGAUUAAUCAACAACUUGAUGACCAUAUCAUUCUGACGCAAGCAAUGAGUUUCUCUCCCUACAAGAAACCGUUUGAAGAACGUAUCUCAGCUUGGGAGAGCAGACUCCAGAUUACUCAGGAGGUUAUCGAUGAGUGGAUAAAUUGUCAAAAAAGUUGGCUUUAUCUUGAGCCUAUCUUCUCUUCUGAAGAUAUUGUCCGGCAGUUGCCAGUGGAAGGAAAACGCUUUGGUACGAUGGAGAAGAUAUGGAGGAAGAUCAUGAGGAUUACCCAUGAUCAUCCCAAUGUCAUUACUCUGUGCCCUGAUAGCAGGAUUCUUAAUAACCUUCGAGAGUGCAAUAAUCUCCUUGAGCAGGUCCAAAGGGGACUGAGUGAAUACUUGGAAAUGAAACGUCAGGCUUUUCCAAGAUUCUUCUUUUUGUCCGAUGAUGAAUUGCUUGAGAUUCUUUCUCAGACAAAGGAUCCCACUGCUGUGCAACCUCACCUGAAAAAGUGUUUCGAAAAUAUUGCCAAGGUAGGCGAAUAUAUACAGCUCUACAUCUUUUUUAAGCCUCUAUUAUUUUGUUGGUUGCGCAGAUUAAAUGCUAUUCUAAUUCAAUAA